UGUUCUACAAUCUUUGCUUAAUAUCUAUCUACAGAAAUAAGCAUUAAUUUCUUAUAUUUGUGUGAACUUACAAAUUUCAUGAGUCAAACUGAUCAAAGAACACAAUGCAAGCAAGGUAGAACAGGGCUUGUACAUAUUGAAAUUUCUUCCUCAUGACAUUAAGUACAUCCUGUUACAACUCGGUCAGUUACACUGCAGUCUUGCUACAUUUUAUACACGUGAUCGCGCUACACCAUUGUUGUGCCAGCCUUGUAAAUUUUUUCUCGUUCCAAACUCUAUGCAUCUAUGCAUCUAUCCGGUCUGUAUUCCCGGAAAACUUCACAAACAAUCUUAGCAUCUUUGCGAUCUGUUUGCGAUAGAGUUCGCGUGCACCAGCUCAAGCAAUGUCCGAUCGGAAAUUUUCACGUGUACGUCCGAAUUAUCCGCCAAAAUCAGUAUGGUCCGUUGACCAAAUUCCCGAUUUGGCUGGACAAGUAACCAUUGUCACCGGGUCCAACACUGGAAUUGGAAAAUAUACGGUCGAGGAACUGUUGAGGCACAACGCAAAAGUAUACAUGGCUGUCCGCAGUCAAGACAAGGCAGAACUGGCUAUCAAGGAACUGAAAGCGAAGACAGGGAAGGAAGCUAUUUUCCUGAAGCUGGAUUUGAGUGAUCUUGCUUCAAUCAAGUCUUCAGUUGAAGAAUUCCUCAAGAGGGAGAGUCAGCUGCACAUUCUACUCAACAAUGCUGGUGUUGCCGUUACACCAAAGGAUAUGUUCACUGCUCAAGGAUACGACUUGCAAUUUGGGACUAACACGCUCGGUCAUUUCUUCCUGACAACACUCCUUCUCCCCACCUUAAUUUCUACCGCCAAAACCAUGCCCGACAACAAAGUCCGAAUAGUGCACACCUCGUCGUACAGUCACCACUUUUGCCCAAGGAUGAAAUUCGAUUCUUUUAAAGACGGUCCUACACGGACAAAGAUGAGCGGCAUGCAAUUAUAUGGGCAGAGUAAAGCUGGCAAUAUCUUGUUCUCGAAUGAACUCGCGAGCAGAUACAGCGACCAGGGCAUCGUGUCAAUCUCUCUUCAUCCGGGUAGUAUCAGGUCUGAGCUACUACGGCAUGGCCCAACACUCCUCACGCGACUUAUGAAUUGGGCGCUUUUCUAUCCUGUUGAAUUAGGCGCAUUGACACAAUUAUAUGCGGCAACAGCACCCGAAUGCACCGAGUUCAAUGGAAAGUAUCUAUCGCCUUGGGCCCGAUAUGUCCCAACAGAGCCAAAUCAAGAUAUUCGGGAUCCUGUUGCUACGAAGGAGUUGUGGGAGUACAUGGAGGAGCAAGUCAAAGAUUUUUUAUAGCGAAACAGUGAUUUACUUUACAGUAUCGAUACAAUACCAGCCCUAUGAGGAGGAUAUCGAAACUUCCUCAAGGUCCUAAUUCUUCACUGUACAAAUCAUAUUUUUCCCAGUUGUUGUAACAAUUUGGACACUUUUGUCAACAGCAGCCCAUACAUAUACGCGUAUGUGUAUCUUCAGUCUUCAGACAGUGACAUAAAAAAUCCAC